ACUGCGACGAAAAACAUUCCUUCUGAAAGAGAGGACUACAUUUUUACUUCGCGCGACGGGCGGAACUAAUCCUCUCUUUCGCUUCUCCCUCUCGCCGGAAGCAGCUCGUGCCUCUCCUCCUCUUCUCUGGUUUCUCGCGCGCCACCGCCGCCUCUCAUUCAGAGAGGCAAUCAUCUCUUUCCUUAUGCCCCCACAUAUGAGUCCUUCGAGAUUUUCUAGCUCUCAAGUAAAACGUGGUUGUAGACAUCCCCCUAAGUUUGGCCAGAAAAAUAAUGGUGACUUUCUCGAGCUACUUCUGACAAACCCAUCUAACAGAAUGCAUAAAGAUUUCAUGAACAGUCAGAAUCGUCCUGCUUGCCGAACAGAUGUUUGUCAUUUUCGUCACUCUCCGAAAAUACUAGCCCAUGCAUAUAGUUCUAGUAUUAGCAGUGGGCUAAAUCAUUGGUUUAAAAACUGGAAUCAGCUUAGGAAGUCCAAGCUAACAGCAAGCACCUUUGGUGGAGCAGUUGGGUUCUGGCGUGGGCGUAGAGUUCAGCUUUGGUUGGAGAAACUUGGACUCAUUGAGCCUUUCCAUGGCAACCUUGCAACUUGCUGGAGCAAUAUCCAAGAAGUUGUUGCACUUGAAAGGUACAAACUGAUCACGGGGAACUGCCUCUUAUACCCUGAGUUUAGAAUCUAUAAUGAAGAUGAUCCAGCUGAUGACUGGUUAGCUGCCUCUCCAGAUGGAGUCAUUGAGCCAAAUUACUACAGAUUCCAUGAUAGUGGGAUUUUAGAAGUUAAGUGCCCAUUCUUUGGGGGACAAGUGGAGAAGGCGUUGCCAUGGGUACGCAUCCCACCGUACUAUAUGCCUCAAGCACAAGGGCUUAUGGAGAUUUUGGAUAAAAAUUGGUUGGAUUUUUAUGUGUGGACUCCAAAUGGUAGCAGUUUAUUUAGAAUAGAAAGAAAUGGUGAAUAUUGGCAGCUUCUUAAGUCUGCCCUUGCUGAUUUUUGGUGGGGCCAUGUUGUGCCUGCAAAAGAACUUUGCAGUGGAAAUCCUAUGGCUGCAGACCUCAGGUUGCUCAAGCCAGCACCCAAGCAUGAACUCUGCCAGACUAUUGUUCAGGAGAGCAUUCGUUUAGCUGAUGAGGCACAGUUACUUGUACGAGAAAUUCAUGGAAAAGUGCGGCACAGAGUGUGAAAUUAAUGAAUAUGUUGGCAGAAAAAGGAACAGUGCCUGGCAAUGAGGUGUCCUUUAUCUAGAGUAUUGCUGGUUAUCCUCCUGUAUAAAUAAUCUCUCAUGAUUAUACCAACAUAUUGGACUCCAAGCAUUUCGCUCCAAGAGAAUCUUUGCUGCUUGUCGAGUAUGAAUGGCUGAGAAGAGGAAAACUUUUUUUUCCUCAACAGGAAUACAUUCAGUGACUUCAAAGUAUUGGCUGAGAAGAUUAGAGUUUGAAGCAAUCCUCCCUCCUAAUAACUUCAAAGUAAUCAAGUGACUUUUGAAUGCGUAGCCUUAAUGAUCCGACUUCCGACAUCCAAUUGGAUUUCAAUCACUCUGAGCUUGCUACUCUCUGGUGCUUUCUCUAGCAUAUCUUUAUGGAGCAGUUUUGGUUAACAGAUGAAGGGUUUUUACCUAGCCAACAAUUGCAUCGUGUGUGCCAUUGCUGAACAAUCUUCUUCAGCCCAUAUUUGGGGAAGAUGUGGGAGGCCUCUCGUUGGUGUGUUACAGUUCCUACGGUAUCUGUUAAUAACUGGUCCUAACAGCAUCUUUGUAGAUGAGAGGACCAUUACUUGAACUUGUCAGAUAGUUACUAAGGAUCAAAGAUUUUCUCCGGUGGUGCAUUUUACCUAAGAAUACCGGUACUUUUGGGGCUUUACAGGCUUAAGAAAAGUUUAUUGUACAUUUCUUUACCGUAUGAAAGGAAGACAAUUAUAUUGCAGCUUGUAAUUCUCUGCUCUUCUGAAUUGAUAUUCAGGCUGCACGGCUGAAGCUGUUCUUUUAAUGGCCUUUUAUUUCGUUGAGCGUAGUGCUGGCUUGCCCUCAGUAAUCUUUGUCCCUAUUGCUUGACAAGGGAACCAACUGAUUUACGUUUUCUUUUGUACAAUGAACCGAAACUGUUCCUAAGUACGUUUUGCUAAGUUCAUGUUCUUUCUUGAAUGAAGACAUUUCCAGUUUCGUUUUUCUUCUUAAA